AUGUCGAACAUCAUCCACAAGGUCAAGGACGCUCUCACCGACCACGGUGACAAGUCUUCUCGCACCCACCAUGACACUACCAAGUCCUCCAACUACGGCCCUCACGAUAGCAACAUUGCCAACACUACGGAUCCCCGUAUUGACAGCGACCGAAGCAACCUGGGUACUCACGGUACUCACACCACCACUACUGGUCCUACUACUGGCCUAGGCUCCCACACCACCUCUACCGGUGUUGGCUCUGGUCUGGCCACCGGGGCUGGCGCCAAUGCCUACGAGUCUACUCGCUCGUCUAACCACGGCCCUCACGACAGCAGCAUGGCCAACACGAUGGAUCCUCGCGUCGACAGCGACCGAAGCAACCUGGGUACACACGGUACUCACCACCACUCGACUGGCCCCUCCACCGGUCUUGGUGUUGGUGCUGGUGCUGCUACCGGUGCUGCAGCUGGCGCUGCCUAUGGCCACCACGAGUCUAACCGCUCUUCCAACCACGGUCCCCAUGAUAGCAACAUGGCCAACAAGGUCGACCCCCGCGUGGACAGCGACCGUGAUAACCGCGCUACCUACGGCUCCCACCAGACCUCCACCGGUCUCGGCUCUACUGGCUUGACCGGUCACCACGGCACUAUGGGAGGUGUCACCCAGCAAGCGUCCACCCACUCGCCGGCCACCGGCCCUGCUAGCUCGACCGCCGGCCCUCACGAGAACAACCUGGCCAACAAGGCUGAUCCCCGCGUGGACAGCGACCUCAGCAAGGAGCAGAGCGGCCGCUUCGACAAGGAUGUUCAUAAGGGCAGCAUUGGAGGUGCCGGUGUAAUCCCCAUCUCUGGCAAUGCCGGUCCUACCUCGACCAAGACCUUUGAGGAGGCUCAGCGUGCCGGUGCUGCUGGCGCGGGUAGCAGCUACAACACUGCUGGCAGUGGACUUGAGCACAAGAAGACUGCUGGUCCUCACAAGAGCGAUAUUGCUAACAAGCUCGAUCCCCGUGUGGACUCUGACCUUGAAGGUUCCAAGACUAUUGGUGGCUCUCAGCGGUUCUAA